ACCUUCAAGCAGCAGCCCAUCAAGCUGGGCUUCACACAGGGUGAUGUGGGGCUGGCCAUGGGGAAGCUCUAUGGGAAUGACUUCAGCCAAACGACCAUCUCACGCUUCGAGGCGCUGAACCUCAGCUUCAAGAACAUGUGCAAGCUCAAGCCCCUGCUCGAGAAGUGGCUCAAUGACGCUGAGACCAUGUCUGUGGACUCGGCUCUGCCCAGCCCCAACCCAUUGAGCUCCUCGGCCCUGGGGGGCUUUGAGGGGCUCCCGGGCCGGCGCCGCAAGAAACGCACCAGCAUCGAGACCAACGUGCGCUUCGCCCUGGAGAAGAGCUUCCUGGCG